GUCCGCCCCCUCGCGGGACCCGUAGGAGCGCCCGGGGCCCCGCCCGCCGCUGUCGGUAUUUAAUAACCGGGACGUGCCCCCGACUCGUCUCCGGCACCGCUGCGGCACCGGCGAGAUGGCGUCCACCAGCCGUUUGGAUGUACUUCCACGGGUGACUUGCCCAAAUCAUCCGGAUUCCAUUUUAGUGGAGGAUUACAGAGCUGGUGAUAUGAUUUGUUCUGAGUGUGGGCUAGUAGUAGGUGACCGGGUCAUAGAUGUAGGCUCAGAGUGGAGAACUUUCAGCAAUGACAAAGCAACAAAAGAUCCAUCUCGAGUUGGGGAUACCCAGAAUCCUCUGCUGAGUGAUGGCGACUUGAGUACAAUGAUUGGCAAGGGCACAGGUGCAGCAAGUUUUGAUGAAUUUGGGAAUUCAAAGUACCAAAACCGCAGAACUAUGAGCAGCUCUGAUCGUGCGAUGAUGAAUGCUUUUAAAGAAAUCACGAACAUGGCGGACAGAAUCAACCUCCCUAGAAAUAUAGUUGAUCGAACAAAUAAUUUAUUCAAGCAAGUGUAUGAGCAAAAGAGCCUGAAGGGAAGGAGUAAUGAUGCCAUUGCUUCUGCUUGUCUCUACAUAGCCUGUAGGCAAGAGGGGGUUCCAAGAACAUUUAAAGAAAUAUGUGCAGUGUCCAGGAUUUCAAAGAAGGAAAUAGGUCGGUGUUUUAAACUUAUUUUGAAAGCUCUUGAAACCAGUGUUGAUUUGAUUACAACUGGAGACUUCAUGUCACGAUUCUGUUCCAAUCUGGGGCUUCCCAAACAAGUACAAAUGGCAGCAACACACAUUGCCCGUAAAGCUGUGGAAUUAGAUUUGGUUCCUGGCAGAAGCCCUAUCUCUGUAGCAGCUGCAGCUAUUUACAUGGCAUCACAAGCCUCUUCAGAGAAAAGGACACAAAAAGAAAUUGGUGAUAUUGCUGGUGUGGCUGAUGUUACAAUCAGACAGUCAUACAGGCUGAUCUACCCUCGAGCUCCAGAUCUCUUCCCAGCAGACUUCAAGUUUGAUACCCCAGUAGACAAACUACCACAGCUGUGAAAUUGCAGAGGGUUAAUUUCUAUUAAAACCAAAACAAAACCAACAAACUCUUUAUUUUUGCCUAUAAUAAAGGAUGUACAAAGUGUUAA